AUGGCUCGACAUACUAAAGUAGGCAUGUCCACGCCUGCGGUCUGGAUGGGGAAGAAAUAUCGCCAGUUCGCACCAUGGGAACAUGACCAUUACGCUUUUGGCCACAAUUCCAAGCAUAUGACACAGCCCUGGCGAAAGAAUUCGAACAAGAAGUCGCACGCCAAUUCUGCGGGUCAAAAUGCGACCUUGUAA